CGCUCGGUGUUGCCCUCCUCUCUCAGCCAAUCACCUCUCAGGUAAACACGCUGUUGCGUCAUUGUUAUUGUGGACGUCGGGUUUUCCAGCGGCUUCGCGCAGGUUUCGACACAGUUCACGAACACAAAGCUGCGCAAACAGUGCGGAGCCGCGACGCUGCAGCUGCGCCAUGUCGCUCCAGAGGGACGCUUCAUCCGAGGAGGGUUUACAAGGUUCAUGGGUCGAGCUGCAUUUCAGUGGCACCGUCUCCCAAAGUACAAGUCAUCACGGAAGUCAGGAGCAGAUCCCCACGUCCAGCCUGGAGGGUGACGUGGAGAAAAUGCUGCUGGACGCACAACACGAGUCAGGGAGGAGCAGCUCCAGGGGGAGCUCUCAGUGCAACAGCCCACUCAGAGCACAGACCCCACUUCUUCUGUGGAGGGGCUCGGAGGGCAACAGCUCACAGUCAGAUGAAGACUUCCAGGAAACAAGACGGGAAGUAGAGAACCUGAUGAAGAAAAAUGCUGAUUGGAUCUGGGACUGGUCUAGUCGACCUGAGAACAAUCCACCGAAGGAGUUCCUGCUGAAGCACACUAAGCAGUCGACCCCUCUCAGCAUCAGGAACACCAGCGUCAUGAAGAAGGGAGGAAUCCUCUCUGCUGACUUUCUGAAGCUUUUUCUUCCCUCAUUAAUCAUUUCUCACAUACUUGCUGUUGGCCUAGGGAUAUACAUUGGGAAGCGUAUAACCUCCCACAACACCUACUAAGUAGAAGUGUGGUGUGUUGCGACACCUUGUCACCUUGAUGUGAUUAUCUUGGCAUGCCUUACAACAGGACCUUUUGGAAGAUCUAGGUAGAUGUGGCCAUGUGCCACGGUCCAAUCUGAUUGAGAGCCUCAUGUUGCCCCAGAGCAGCUUGGAGAGUAAAGGAUCUGUCUUUGCUGUCUGUGGCUUCCGACACCUGAACACAACACUGACCAAUCCUCAUGCUGCUUGUUGGUCGUCUCUUGUCCCGCCCUGGAGACGACUGCUAUGCUGCUUCCUGCUCCUUAAAUCUGCAAGUUAGGGAACUGAUAUAUAUUGUACGCCAUUGCCUUUUUUUCUUUUAACGAUGAGAUUUCACUUGAGGAAUUUAUUGUAUUUUUAAUUUUCAGAUCAGGUGUGGAUAAACAUGAUUUUUGUGUCCUAGGGAUCAUUAGCUUAGAGUUUGAGAGACAGAGCUUUGAUCACCUGUAAACUGCAGAAAAUCAAAUGUUACCUUUUUACGCACAGCUGUGGUCUAUUUUGUUCAACGUACACAAUAAAAGCAGGAAACACAUGUA